GGUCGCUUGUUAUACCGUAACACCGGUUUGGAAAUAUCUGCUAACGUCACUUUUCAUGUUUAAAAACCUCCCAAAAAGAUAAACGAGAUUGAGAUGACGUCUUCCGACUGGCACCUGUCCUUGAAGCUGGUGAAUCGGCCCAAAUCCACCUUCCACUUCCCGGACAUGAUGCCAGGCGACGUCCCACCUGGAGGAUACAGGAUCGCGACUGUGAAACAACUCGUGGCAGCACAGAUCCCAAACUUCAUCCCAGACCCCGAACUAAUAGAGCUCGUGCACUGCGGGCGGAAACUUAAGGACGACUUGACUCUGGAUGCCUGUGGGAUUCCAUCGGGAUCCACCUUACACAUCCUCAAAAAGUCUUGGCCAGAGCAAGUGAACAAUUCAGAGCCUGUAAACAGAGCAACUGCAGCCAGGGAGUUCAGGGUGUUUCACGCCGCUCUUCACUCCCUAAACUCCGCCUACAGAGACUCGGUGUACAAGAUGCUGACGAAUAAAGAGUCUUUGGAUCAGAUCAUCGUGGCCACGCCGGGGCUCCGCUCAGACCCAGUUGCUCUCGGCGUGCUGCAAGACAAGGAUCUGUUCGUGCAGUUCACAGACCCGGCCAUGCUGGAUAUAUUGAUCGGUUCCCACCCGGCGCUCGUGAACGCCAUCAUCCUGGUCCUGCACUCGGUGGCGGGCAGCAUACCGGCUCAGUCCAGCGCCAGCUCCUCUCGCAACGUCUCCGCCAGCUCCUACAGCGACAUGCCGGGGGGCUUCAUGUUCGAGGGCAUGUCUGACGACGAGGACGACUUCCAGUCCGGGAGUCCAGCUGGUCCCUCCAGCAGAGCGGGAGGCUCGGCGGGGAUGCGCCCGGUGUCUCUGAGCCACAGCGGGGCGACGGGCCCUCGGCCAAUCACGCAAAGCGAGCUGGCCACGGCGUUGGCCCUCGCCAGCACCCCCGACAGCAGCGCCGUCACCCCGACGACCUCCAGCCAGGCGGACCCCUCCGGGGGCGUCGCCCCGAUGCCGGCGGGGACCCCGGUCAGCAACGACCUCUUCAGCCAGGCUCUGCAGCAAGCUCUGCAAGCCUCCAACAUGUCCGCUCUGCAAGGCCGCUGGCAGUCCCAGAUGCAGCAGCUCAGGGACAUGGGCAUCCAGGACGAGGAUCUGAUGCUGAGGGCGCUGCAGGCCACCGACGGGGACAUCCAGGCGGCCCUGGAGCUCAUAUUCGCCGGAGGCCCCGGACUCUGAGCCCCGGACCCCGCAGACCUUCAUAAAGGAGGCCGAGCAGGAGAGAAGUUCACACAUGAGAAAUGAUGGCGUUUAGACGUACAGUGUUUUUUGACUACGGACCCUGUUUCUGCUAUUUACAUGACGGUAUCAUAUCUGAGUUCCACAAAGUUCAAGACGGCUUUCUGUUGUUGUUGAGACGGGAUGAAUAAUAAAUGUUCUCACGCUCACCUCCUCAA